UCUAGGGCAGAGCAGGAGGCGUGAGGCUGAGUUCUAGAAGAAAGCAUUUGACCUGUGGCCUAUGCCAGCUUGUGAGUCUGGUGUCCAAAAGACUGUCAGCAGCUCUGCCAAGUGAGGGACUACGGCAGGCUGGUCUCCCCAGUAAGGCAGGCAGGCUGUCUCCGCACACCAGAGCAUAAUGCUUACAGAAGCCCACAGUGCACAGAGGAAGGACCAGAAAAAAAAUUCCCUUUGUGUCAAAACCCUCAAUUUUGGGUUCCUGCCUCACUAUUUGUUUGUGGAAUUCCCCACAGAAACCCUGAGGGAAUCAGACAAAACACCCACACACCCCCACAGCCACACCACUACACCACCACCACUCAGGGAAGACACCGGAAGUGGCUAUGAUGUAAUAUAAGUUGGGGGGGGGGGGAAGAUUCGAGAAAGGAGGCAGGAGGGUGUAAGCUCCCUUAUAGAGUUUAACACUCUCAGUCAGAGGCAGGUCCAUGGUUCAGUCCUACCUAACAAAGGCAACAAGCCAUCGCCACAGGAGCUGGGACUGUAAAUUCAGAAAGCAUGAACCUAUACCACCAAGUAAAGACCAGACAGCACAUCCAUGCCCCAUCCUGCGUGCAAGCACACACGCAGGAAGAAUCCGGACAUGCCACAGGAGUAAGAGGACCCCAAAUCAUUACCAAAGUCAUCGGUGCCAUGUUAACGCCACAGGUAAAUAUGGUACCGGGGGUUCCCGCGGCACUGAGGAGGGCAGAAGAGGUAUGGUGCUGCUGGAGCCCAGUCAAGAGUGUGCAAACGAGGCAGCGAGUGUGUGUGACCAGAGUGCGUGGGCACGGAGCUGAGAUACGUCAGGAAAGGUGACCCUUAAGUCUGGCGGGUGUGAAGAGAAAAAAACAGAUACACAAGCCAGAAAUAAAGAGCCUGAGGCAAGCCGUGAAAGGAGGAGGAAGGGUGGGCCGGAGAGGAGGGAGAGGUGGGCUACUCGGAACACUGCUAUCCUGUCGGCUAACUGCACAGCAAGGAUAAAGCCACAGUACCCCUAACUCCCAGCAAUCCAGUGGGAAUCCCACUGGUUCACACACGGCCAUGCUCAGAAUAUGCUAUGUCCUAAGGAAGCGUUCUUCACAUCAACUCCUCAAGGUGAACACGGUCGUCAGGACCUUGUUCAAGGCAGUGAGAGCAUGUUUCUCCCCCAAACUUCGAAAGGCACAGCUCCAUUCAGAACACCCGGCCAUCCAAGUCACAGAGAAGCCUGGAAAGGGGAGAUCGGCCGGGGUUCCCUGCAACCCUCACGGUAACCCCAGACUGUACACAAGAGGGAGACCUUUUCCCAGUCUGGCGGUCGCCUCCACAAAUAUCGUUAACAGAAACAAGCGUGCACACUCAAGUGAAACGGGAGCCCUCCCCCCAUCUCUGUCUAACUUGAUUCGGCCAUCUUGGAGGAUUUCAUCUGAGGAUUAUGCACCACCGUGGACCGAGCAGCCAAGAGGAGCCGCUCCUCAGGAGACAAAGUCACAGAGGCUCUGAAAGCCCUGAGACCCGGUUACAUCCACCUGGACACAGCCACCAGUUUCCUGUGGAGCACACUGGACUAUGCUGUGCUAAGGGUGUUCACCUGCCUGUCCCUCCUGCCAGGCCUAGAUUGAAAGGACACAGACUCUCCUGACUUGCAAAGGCUGAACACUACGCUGGCUUUUAAUCCUCAGAAACAAGGCUGCCCUGUUGCUAUGCAGUGAGUACUUAUAUAUCGAUAAACUACCCCAAGAAGCACUUCAUAAAGAUACCCAGCCUCUGACUCAUGAGCCAAAUAAACACCUAUUCUUUAUAAAUCAUCCAGUCUCUAACAACU